AUGAGCCAGCUACUUACAGCGCGCCAGGCGGAGGAGCUCCAUAAAUCCAUCAUCGCCUAUCUCGCUUCUGCCAACCUGCUCAAGAGCUCCAAUGCCUUGCGCGAAGAACUUGGGGAAUCGCUCACCCUCGAUGACGCCACACUCAAGAAAUAUGAGGGUCUGCUCGAGAAGAAAUGGACUAGCGUGGUAAGGUUACAGAAGAAGAUCAUGGACCUAGAGUCGAGAAAUGCUGCACUUCAGUCUGAGCUGGAUUCUGCGACCACCACCUCUCUCUCUCGCCGAAACCAAGAUCCUGUUUCAUGGUUGCCCCGUGCUCCUGCUCGACAUACCCUCCAAUCUCAUCGCCAACCCGUUACCUGUGUCGCUUUCCACCCUGUCUUCUCCUCUCUUGCGUCGGGUUCAGAAGAUGCCACGAUCAAGAUUUGGGAUUGGGAAUUAGGAGAGCUAGAACGAACAAUCAAGGGCCACACCAGAGCCGUUUUGGAUGUGGAUUACGGUGGUCCUCGUGGGGGUACCCUGCUGGCUUCCUGCUCUUCCGACUUGACGAUAAAGCUCUGGGACCCCUCAGACGAAUACAAGAAUAUUCGAACACUACAUGGCCAUGAUCAUAGUGUCUCCGCGGUUCGAUUCAUACCAUCUGGUGCUGCUGGGUCUCCAGCAUCCAGCAACCUGUUGGUGUCCGCAUCGCGAGACAAAACCCUUAGAAUCUGGGAUGUCACGACCGGCUACUGUGUGAAGACCAUACAAGGACACUCAGACUGGGUUCGAGAUGUUGCUGCAUCUCCAGAUGGGCGAUUUCUUCUUUCGGGAGGCAACGAUCAGGUGCCUCGCCUGUGGGACAUUUCUUCUGGAGAGACAAAAUCCACUUUCUUGGGUCAUGAACAUGUCGUUGAGUGCGUCGCAUUUGCUCCUCCGACCAGUUAUCAAUAUUUGGCACCCCUCGCCGGUCUCAAAAAGCCCCCUCCUGCCUCCUCCUCCGCCGAAUUUGUUGCUACUGGCUCUCGAGACAAGAGCAUCCGUUUGUGGGACGCUCGAGGAACUCUAAUCAAGACGCUCGUGGGCCAUGAUAACUGGGUCCGCGCCAUCGUCUUCCACCCAGGUGGGAAAUACCUCCUCUCCGUCUCCGACGACAAGACACUUCGCUGCUGGGACCUUUCGCAGGAAUGCAAGUGUGUCCGGAUAGUUGCGGAUGCCCACGGUCAUUUCAUCAGUUGCAUUCGUUGGGCUCCAAAUCUCGUCACUGAUGGCGCUUCGGCAAAUGGGGAAUCAGGUGCCAAUGGACUCUCCACGCCUACCUCAGUAACGACGAACGGCAAGAAAGAGGACUCGGGCGGCGGCGGCAAGGGCAUUAGAUGUGUGAUCGCGACCGGAAGCGUCGAUCUGAACGUACGGAUCUUCGCGUCAUAG